GUCAACAACAAGUAUGACUGUGACCGCACUCCUCUGCCUGUUGAGGAGAUCAUCUGGCAUGCUGAGGGCUGCAUUGGCAAGGAGCUGCCAUAUGAUGACCUUGGCAUAUACUCUGAGGAUUUUGUGACAAAUCUCCGCUAUGGUGACCCGGCCAAGACAACAGUUCAAAAUAUCAAUACCGUUUCUUCUGCAGUGAUGUCUUCUAUAGGAGCUGGCAGUCUUAUUGCUAUGGCUGGUAUUCCCGUGCUUGGUCUUCCUCUUGUGGCCUCUGCUCCUUUUGUGGCUGCUGGUGCUGGUCUUCUUGCCAGUAUUGGUGUCACUUCCAGGAUAAUUGCUCAUUCCAUCACUUCUGCCAUAUUCAAAAACACGGGGAGAAAUAUACUAGAAAAGACUUGCUGUUAGGAAGAGCUCAAGCAAGGCUUGGAGUCCCUGGCCAUUGUUCAGCUUUUGCCACAAGUGUAAAGAAGGCUUACUAGCAACUGCUGUGAUAAUUAAUUCAAAGACAUAUUAAAAUGUAAAAAUCCAAACUCA